AUGCUCGCCAAAAAAGAUAAGCGACGACAAAGCAUAGCGUACAGGCUCGGUCACAUCUCUGACAUGUUUGAGUCGGACCGGGAUAGACACUACCGCGAUAUGCUGCGAACGCUGCAAAACACGCUGUCGUCACUACACGCCGGCAGCAACAUGGACUUCCUGGAGAAACUCGUGGACCUUGAGGAGACCCGAGAUAAGGGUCUCGUGCAGCUCAAGCUGUGGGAGCAGUACCAGCUCGACAGCGUCAAUAGCGAGUACGACGCGGAGGUGGCCGUGGCCGAGGAAGACUACACCCGUAUGGUCAAAAUGGUGCAGGAGCGGCUCAUGUCGCGAAUCACCUUGCAGCGAAAACGGCUUCGGGAGGAUCGUGCUGUUCUGGACAUUGCUAACGACAACAUGUUGCUUUUAUCCGGAGCGGGAAACCGGUCCUCAUACACAAAUGAGAUGUCUCUCGAUGACCGAGGCUCGUCGCCAUUUUUGUCUGCAGGCGACUUCGAGAGACGUCCUGUCCGACGAUCCAGAAUCACGCACACAAACGACUACGAUGACAGCGCAAUGUCUGGACGAGAAUCAGGCUCAUCCAAGCGCCGACGAGGGGGAACUACCGAGAACGACGGCUACAGGAGUGGCGGCAUUCCAUCCGAAGACAAUGCCUUUUCGGACCGAGACGGAGGACUGGAGGGUCUUCUGUUCAAGGGAGAAGAGAGCGAGAGACCUGGACGUGGUCAGGGAGGCCAUGGGUCGAGCAGACACUCGAGAAGUUAUCAGGGAGUCACUCCGCUCAAGACGGAGGAUGCCAAGGACGAUCUCAAUCAGAUCAAGUCGGGUAUUAUGAGUGCCAAGAAGAUCAAGAGGUGA